CCCUGAAGAUGGAGGUGACCUGCCUGCUACUUCUGGCGCUGAUCCCCGUGCACUGCCGAGGACAGGGCGUCUACGCUCCAGCCCAGGCCCAGAUCGUCCACGCGGGCCAGGCGUGUGUGGUGAAAGAGGACAACAUCAGCGAGCGCGUCUACACCAUCCGGGAGGGCGACACCCUGGUGCUGCAGUGCCUUGUCACCGGGCACCCUCGGCCCCAGGUGCGGUGGACCAAGACUGCGGGGAGCGCGUCCGACAAGUUCCAGGAGACGUCCGUGUUCAAUGAGACGCUGCGCAUCGAGCGCAUCGCGCGCACGCAGGGCGGACGCUACUACUGCAAAGCCGAGAACGGCGUGGGCGUGCCCGCCAUCAAGUCCAUCCGCGUGGACGUGCAGUACCUGGACGAGCCGGUGCUGACGGUGCACCAGACGGUGAGCGACGUUCGAGGCAACUUCUACCAGGAGAAGACGGUGUUCCUGCGCUGCACCGUCAACUCCAACCCGCCGGCCCGCUUCAUCUGGAAGCGCGGCUCCGACACCCUGUCCCACAGCCAGGACAACGGCGUGGACAUCUAUGAGCCCCUCUACACCCAGGGGGAGACAAAGGUCCUGAAGCUGAAGAACCUUCGGCCCCAGGAUUACGCCAGCUACACCUGCCAGGUGUCUGUACGCAACGUGUGUGGCAUCCCGGACAAGGCCAUCACUUUCCGGCUCACCAACACCACGGCACCACCAGCCCUGAAGCUGUCUGUGAAUGAAACGCUGGUGGUGAACCCUGGGGAGAAUGUGACGGUGCAGUGUCUGCUGACAGGCGGUGAUCCCCUACCCCAGCUGCAGUGGUCCCAUGGGCCAGGCCCGCUGCCCUUGGGGGCUCUGGCCCAGGGUGGCAUCCUCAGCAUCCCUUCAGUGCAGGCCCUGGACUCUGGCUACUACAACUGCACAGCCACCAACAAUGUGGGCAACCCCGCCAAGAAGACCGUCAACCUGCUGGUGCGAUCCAUGAAGAAUGCCACAUUCCAGAUCACCCCAGACGUGAUCAAAGAAAGUGAGAACAUACAGCUGGGCCAGGACCUGAAGCUCUCGUGCCACGUGGAUGCGGUGCCCCAGGAGAAGGUGACCUAUCAGUGGUUCAAGAACGGCAAGCUGGCACGCAUGUCCAAGCGGCUGCUGGUGACCCGAAACGACCCUGAGUUGCCUGCGGUCACAAGCAGCCUAGAGCUCAUUGACCUGCACUUCAGCGACUAUGGCACCUACCUGUGUGUGGCUUCCUUCCCAGGAGCACCUGUACCCGACCUGAGCGUCGAAGUCAACAUCUCCUCUGAGACAGUGCCUCCCACCAUCAGCGUGCCCAAAGGCAGGGCCAUCGUCACCGUGCGCGAGGGCUCGCCUGCCGAGCUGCAGUGCGAGGUCCGGGGCAAGCCGCGGCCGCCCGUGCUCUGGUCCCGCGUGGACAAGGAGGCUGCUCUGCUGCCCUCGGGGCUGCCCGUGGAGGAGACCCCGGACGGGAAGCUGCGGCUGGAGCGCGUGAGCCGCGACAUGAGUGGGACCUACCGCUGCCAGACGGCUCGCUACAAUGGCUUCAACGUGCGCCCCCGCGAGGCCCAGGUGCAGCUGAACGUGCAGUGUGAGUCCCACUGUCCCACGGAUCCCUCCCGAGCUGUCCCUCCUGUUCUCGCCAGGCCUGUCCCCUCUUUACCCUUCCACCCACCCAGUCCCACCAACGCCUCCACCUACUCUUUCCCACCUCCUCCCCUCUCCCCUGUUCUCCCACACUUUCCCUGUCUCCCCACCGUUUUGCCUGUCUCUCUCCUGUGUCUUCUCUUCCUUCUACCUCCAUGCCUUGGCCCUUCUCUUCCCAUCUUUCCCCCAAUCCUCUUCCCUGUGUCUCCUCUAAUCGCUGCUCUGUCUUUACCUUGGCCUUGCCACUGCAUUCUCACCAACGCCAUCUCUUGGAAAAUUCAAUCUCCCUUUUCUCCAUUUCCCACCUUCCCUCCGACCCACCCUCAUCCUCCCCAAACCCCUCUAUCCCCUCAUCUCCUCUCCUCACAAUAUUCUCUUUGUCUCCCCAUCUUAUCUCUCUGUCCCACCCUGUCCUGUCUCCCCCUCCCAUGCCUCCUCUCUUUGUCUCUCCCCAUUCCCCACCCUCCAUGGCCCCAUGCCCCCCUCCCCGCCCUCUUAGCCAAAGCCUACAGCCCGGAGUUUUACUUCGACACCCCCAACCCCACCCGCAGCCACAAGCUGUCCAAGAACUACUCCUACGUGCUGCAGUGGACCCAGAGGGAACCUGACGCCGUCGACCCCGUGCUCAACUACAGACUCAGUGUCCGCCAGUUGAACCAGCACAGCGCCAUGGUGAAGGCCAUCCCCGUGAGGCGUGUGGAGAAGGGGCAGCUGCUGGAGUACAUGCUGACCGACCUCCGCGUGCCCCACAGCUACGAGGUCCGCCUCACGCCCUACACCACCUAUGGGGCCGGUGACAUGGCCUCCCGCAUCAUCCACUACACAGAGCCUAUCAACUCUCCCAGUCUGUCAGACAACACCUGCCACUUUGAGGAUGAGAAGAUCUGUGGCUACACCCAGGACCUGACAGACAACUUUGACUGGACUCGGCAGAACGCCCUAACCCAGAACCCCAAGCGCUCUCCCAAUACCGGUCCCCCCACUGACGUCAGCGGCACCCCUGAGGGCUACUACAUGUUCAUUGAGACGUCGAGGCCCCGGGAGCUGGGGGACCGGGCGCGGUUGGUGAGUCCCCUGUACAACGCCAGCGCCAAGUUCUACUGCGUCUCCUUCUUCUACCACAUGUACGGGAAGCACAUCGGCUCCCUCAACCUCCUGGUCCGGUCUCGGAACAAAGGAGCCCUAGACACGCACGCGUGGUCCCUCAGUGGCAAUAAGGGCAACGUGUGGCAGCAGGCCCACGUGCCCAUCAACCCCAGCGGGCCCUUCCAGAUUAUUUUUGAGGGGGUUCGAGGCUCAGGCUACCUGGGAGAUAUCGCCAUAGACGAUGUCACACUGAAGAAGGGAGAAUGUCCCCGGAAGCAGAUAGAUCCCAAUAAAGUGGUGGUGAUGCCGGGCAGUGGAGUGCCCCACCAGCCCCGCCCACAGCUCUGGGGGCCCUUGGCCGUCUUCCUCUUGGCGCUGCAGAGAUGAUGAGAGCUGCGCGGCCCCCCGCCCCGCCCCUGGCACACCAAAGUGUCUGCAUCGUACCAAAGACUGACCUCUGCCAGCCGGGGUGCCCGGGGCAGGGGCGGCCCACAGGGAGGGGCCUCCGUUGGCUGCGAGGAUGAGCAGAGAACAAGGACAGAGGCCCCGCUGAGGCCCUGCAGACGCGCACACUCACGCCCACACUCACACAGAGAUCUAUUAAAGCACAAGUUUCUAUCCGA